AUGAUGUUUUCUUCUGCAGGCAAGCGCUGCUUCACGAUCGAGUCUCUGGUCGCCAAGGAGAACCCUCUCAUGUCGGAGGACCCCAUCCGCCCGACGGCUUUAAGUUACUCCAACCCGGCGGCCGACGCCUUAAUGAACAGUUACCAGGUUCCGGCGGCCAGGACCCUCUACCAAAGCCCGGAUCUGGUGUUCCCGGAGAACCACCCCUCCCUCACCGUGGCGCCCCACCAGCUCGGAGGCUCCCACCACCUUCAGCAUCCGCACUUCUUCGGGACGCAGCACCGGGACCCGCUUAACUUCUACCCCUGGGUCCUACGGAACCGGUUUUUCGGACACAGAUUUCAAGGUUUUGACAUAUUUGUUUAUUAUAAAUAA